AUGGCUCCCAUUGCAAAGAGACGUCGUAUCAGUCCGGAGGUCGAGUCGCCUCCUGCCACCACUCAGAAUGGCCUUUCUUCUGAGGAAAAGAUCGAGGAUUUCUACCGUAACGCUGCUGGAUGGCAUCUAGAACAGGACUAUGAAAACCGACCACGCAACCUGAAGAAGAAGAAGGACGAGACAAGGCUGCCUAUCAAGACAUCGGAAGGCUGGGUUGAGCAGGCUCCUGCUGUGGUCGAGCAGAAAGAGGACGACGCUGACAGUUUCCUGGGAAGCGGCGACGAGGCUGAGGCUGUUGACGACGAUGAUGAUGAAGAAGAGGAGGAUGACGAGCCAGAAGUACCACAAAUCUCGCCGCGCGAGCAGAUUCUCCAGGCCAAGGAGGAUCUUGCGCGCGUUGCCAGCUUGAUCUCCGAGGACCCGGAAGAACACAUUGGCCAGCUCAAGAAGCUGCAAGUCCACGCAACCUCCCAGAACAGGACUGUCGUCAAACUGUGCAUGGCCACCCAACUUGCCAUCUACCGCGACAUCAUCCCCGGCUACCGCAUUCGGCCCGUUUCCAAGGAAGAGUUGAAGCAGAAGCUAUCCAAGGACGUACGCAAGUUGCGCAACUUUGAACAAAUGCUUGUUGGUGGAUACCAUGAAUACGUCAGAUCUUUGACAAGAGCUGCCAAGAAGAGUGGUGACAAGAACAAGGAGGCUGCGUCCGUCGCUACUGUUGCCAUCUCUUGCGCCUGCACUCUUCUUAACACCGUUCCUCACUUCAACUUCCGUGGCGAUCUCAUCAACAUCUUGGUCGGCAGACUUAGUAUCAGACAGGUCAAUUCGGACUUCCACAAAUCUAUCGAAUGCUUGGAGACGUUGUUCCGUGACGACGAGGAUGGAAACGCAUCCCGCGAGGCUGUCGAUCUGCUGUGCAAGAUGAUGAAAUCGCGAAGCUACAACAUUCACGAAUCCGUGUUGAACACUUUCCUGCACUUGCGACUCCUCUCCGAAUUUGCACACAGAAGCAGCAGUACCCGUACUGACAAGAGUGAGGACGAACCGGCUGUGAAGCAAAAGCAAAAGCGGGAGUUCAGAACCAAAAAGGAGAGAAAACGUCUACGUGAAGUCAAGGGUGUGGAAAAGGAGUUCAGAGAAGCCGAUGCUACAGUUUCACAUGAAGAACGCGACAAGAACCAGUCAGAGAUGCUGAAGUUGGUGUUCGUUGCCUACUUCCGAGUCUUGAAGCAACGAGUACCUCAACUCAUGGGCGCUGUGCUGGAAGGCCUGGCUCGCUAUGCCCACCUUAUCAACCAGGACUUCUUUGGUGACAUCCUGGAAGCCCUCCGCGAACUCGUCAUCUCCACCGAAGCUGCUGAGCAAGCAUUUGCUGAGGAGGAUGAAGAAGCUGCUACCGCCCCGAGAAACAUCAACCGCGAGUCUCUUCUUUGCAUCAUCACAGCAUUCGCCCUUCUCCAAGGUCAAGAUGUGGUCAAGAGCGUCGGAUCAUUACAUCUGGAUCUCGAGUUCUUCAUCACCCACCUCUACAAGACACUAUUGCCGUCUUCCAUGAACCCAGAUCUGGAAUUAAGCGCUAAAUCGCUGCGUUUGAGAGAUCCAGAUGGCAAUGACGACGAAGCUCUCCUCCCUCAACAGGCUAAGCACAAGAUCAAUGUCCAGACGACAACUGUACUACUUCUCCGUUCUUUGUCGUCGGUCCUACUCCCGCCACAAAAUCUUCGUUCCGUUCCUCCGCUCCGUCUGGCUGCAUUUGCCAAACAACUCCUCACAAUUUCCUUGCAACUACCUGAAAAAUCAUGUCUAGCCAUGAUGGGUCUGUUGCAACAAGUGGCCAAGGUGCAGGGCAAGAAGAUCGCAGCGUUAUGGUACACAGAAGAGAGAAAGGGAGACGGCGUCUUCAAUCCCCUAAAGGAGGAAGUGGAAGGAAGCAACCCUUUCGCAACGACAGUAUGGGAAGGAGAGCUGUUGAGGAAGCAUUUCUGCCCUCAAGUCCGAGAGAGUAUUGUUGCGCUCGAAAAGGGUGUUGUUGCUUCGAGAUCAUAA